AUGCCUGCUCUUCCAACUGUGGCAAUCGCCGGUGCGACCGGUAAUCUCGGUGCCAAAGUUACUGAGGGAUUCCUCCAACCGCCAUUUCGCGAUAGGUUCUAUGACAUCAUAGUUCUGACACGCUCCCGCUCACCCAAGGUCGAGAAUCUCGUAAAACAAGGCGCAUCAUUGCGUCUAUAUGCCGAGGAUAAUUUGGAAGAGGCACUAGCUGGAGUUGAUGUCCUGAUCAACACUGUAGGCCCCAGUGGCCAUCACUUCAAAGAAACCCUUCUUCGCAGCAUUCCUGGGUCUGGCGUGAAGCUCUAUUUCCCUUCCGAGUUUGGGGUCGACCAUUAUGUGCACGACUUUCCACACGACGAGUGGGACGCCAAGAAGGCUCACUUCCAGCUAGCAUCAGAGCUCAUCUCCGACAUAAGCAUAUGUCGCGUCUAUGCAGGCCUAUUCCUCGAGGACUCCAUCGGUCCGUGGUUUGGCUUCGAUACCAAAAGGGGCAGAUAUGAGGCCGUAGGGGACCCUGCGCAGAAGACUUCGUACACGAGCAUGUACGACGUUGGCAAGGCGCUCGCCAUACUCGCAUGUCAACCAGUGGGCACAAUACCGCCCGAGGUGCACCUAAGCGGUGAUAGCAAGUCUAUGACUGAGAUAGCAGAGCUUAUGGAAGCGAACGGGGCUGGCCGUAUACAAGUGACGAGUGUGCCGCUUGAAAGCUAUAAGGCUAGUGUCCUAGCGAAGCCAUCGCCUACGCCAGAGCGGUACCUACGGUUCUUGAUGGGCGAGGGCAAAAUUCAGCACUCUAUUGAUGGGAUAGGUAAUCAGAAUGAUAUAGUCCAGGCAAAUGGGGCCCUAUCGACUUGGAUGUCUAUGUCGCAAUUGGCAAAGGAGGCGCGUGGAAGGCCUUGGGCCGAAGCGGAAUGGGAACCGGUUAACUAG